GCGCUGCGAGAGCCCGGCCCGCCGUGCCUGUGUGCGAGGGGUGCGCUUGUCCUGUGGUUGUGAGGCGGUGUGCGAGUGUACUUCUUUGUCCCGGGCUGUACGGGGGUGCCUCCCCGGGGGGGUGCCUAUUCGUGCUUGUGUGUCCGCACCUGCGUGCCUGGAUGUGCCAGCGUGUUUUUGUGCCUAUCCUUAUGUGUCUGGGUGUGCAAAGGGAUGAGUGUGCACCUCUGGACUCAUGUGUCUCUGUGUUUGUGUGUGUGGACAGCUACGUACCUACGUGGGUGUGAGCGUUUAAAGUAGGUAGCUCUUUGUAUGAGUUCGUGAGUGGAUGCAUGAGUACCUGGAUGUGUGGAUGAGGGGGAUGUAUCUGUCUGCGUGUGUGCAUUUGGGAAGGUGAAUCCUAGAUGUGCAUAGACGUAUGAGGGACGUCCAGGCGGCGAUGAGGCUCCCGCUGGCUUUCGCCGUGCUCCUCCUGGCCUCGUCACAGGCGCUGGGCGAGGAGAUGGGAGCCACCGACGACCUCAGCUACUGGUCCGACUGGUCCGACAGUGACCAGGCUAAGGAGGAGCUGCCGCUGCCCCUGGAGCACUUCCUGCAGAGGAUGGCCCGCAGACCCCGGCCCCAGCAGUUCUUCGGCCUCAUGGGCAAGAGGGAUGCCGGAUAUGGCCAGAUCUCUCACAAAAGGCAUAAAACAGACUCCUUUGUUGGACUUAUGGGCAAAAGAUCUUUAAAUUCUGGGUCCUCUGAAGGGAGCAUAGCACAGAAUUACGAACGGAGGCGUAAAUGAGAUGUUCCCGUGCAUUAUUUAUUAAACUUCAUUUGUUCUAAUGGCCAAUGCAGUGUAAUAUAAAAUAACCACUGUAUGAAAUAAUUAUUUAUUUAAUAACUGAAGGGGUUUGGUUUUUUUUUCAAGUUGUACAUUCAAUAAAAGUAUUAUUUUUCAUAUUGUGGCAGUGACACGUGUUGUGUAGGUGUGUUGUGGUUCUGAAAGGACCAGCAACCCUGGUGAUGUCUCACAACAAAGCACAUGUUUGAUAUGAGCUGUAGAGUUAUGUUCACUAAACAAGCAAAUAUUCUUUUGUUCAUUGAAAGCCAGCCUAUCAGCUUCACAGCUAGUGCAGAACAGAACUGAUGUUCAGUCUAGUGCCUCAAUUUGUUUUCAUGGUUUAUUAUGUACUGUAACUUCUGUAUCAAAAAAUAUAUUUGUAUCAUUGCAGCA